AUGUUACUUUCAAUUCAUAUUGUUCGAUCAAUGUUCCUGUUUUUAGUGACUCGAAAACCUGGUCAGUUACAUAAUCUUGUAUCAAUGAAUGAUGAUGAUAGAAUAUUAAAAGAUGUUAUAGAAAAUAAUGAUAAUGAAUUUAUAUUUGCACCACUUGAUAUAAAUCAAGAUAAACCAAACGAAAGAAAUUCUAAUAAUAAUAAUACUGCUGAAGAUAUAUCAAAUGAUGGAAUUUAUUUAGCGUUACAAGAUUCUAUCAAAGAUAGGCAAACAUAA